AAGCUUGACACAUCUGAACUUCCGGCCGCUUUGUUGACCACAGACGAAAUCGGUCAUGUGAUAUACCCUGUAUUUAGCCCCGAUGGUCAAUUGCUUUCAACGGAUGAAACAGGCAGGCACGUGGAUCAUGAAGGAAAACCCAUUUCGAUAAAUGAAGCUGGUUUGCCGUUGGAUGAACAUGGCAAGCUUAUACCGACAGAUGAUGAAGGGCAGUUCUUGCGUCCACUAUUCGGUCUUGAUGGAAAACCUAUUGCUACUGACAUGUACAAACGACCGAUAUAUCCAGUGGUAGAUGCAAAGGGAAGAGCAUUACCAACUGAUGAAUCCGGCUUCACUCUAGAUCAUUACGGAAAGCCAAUACCAACUGAUGAAUCCGGUGUGCCUCUCAAUGCUCGUGGCCAGCCUCUUGCCAAAGAUGAAUAUGGUCGUUACAAACUCGACACAUCUGAAAUUCCGGCCGCUUUGUUGACUACAGACGGAUCGUCUUCCAUCAUUUGUAUUCAUAUCGAUGUUAUGUUAUUCGGUGAAUGUUUCGUUGACUUCAGAGUUUCACCUUCGCACUGCAAAGUCAGUUCAAAUGCUGACUUGAUAAUCGUUCUGGAUGCAUCGAGCAAUGUCAGGAUUCUUGAUUAUCGGAUUAUGAAGGAGGUUGUUGAGGAUUUCUUGGUCAAUCAUUUCGAUCUGCAAUAUAAUCAUAUCCGUGUCGGUGUAGUGAAAUUUGGGGAUAAGGUUGAAGUUCCAGUAUCAUUGGGUGAUUACGAAGGUCAGAAUCAACUUUUCUCCAAAAUCAGUGAAACAAGGCGGAUGCGUGGUAAAGCACAUUUAGGUGCAGCACUGCGUGAUGUUGCUGGAGAAUUAUUGAUUUCUGGAUCUAGAGAUGUUCCUCGAGUUGUGAUAAUAUUUUCUAGUGGGCGAUCCAGGGAUGAACUAGCAGAGAAUGCUCGUCUUUUACGGGAUGAUAUGAAAGCUCUCAUAUAUUUAGUAGAUGUUGGUAAUCAAGGUGAUAAUGAACAGAAUGCAGCAGUCGUUGGUCCAUCAUUUCCACAUCGUAUUGCUACUUCCGAUGAUUGGAGUCAAGUUGACUCUAGGACUUUAGGGCCAUUUGCAGAUGAAUUAUGCCAGUUACUUCCACAAAUCGCGACAGAUGAAGAGUGGCCAAUCGAACCAACCACUGUAUUGUUUACGAAUUCCUCGCGCCUAUGCAAACGAAUUGAUUUUCAGGCCGAUAUAAUCUUUGCUUUGGAUUCUUCUGAAAGUAUUACAUCCCAAGAGUACAAUAAUCUGAAACAAAGCAUGAAUGCACUUAUUGAUAAGUCAUUUGAUUUAUCUCCGGAUAUUGUUCGGAUUGGUUUCAUCGAGUACAGCGAUAAAGCAUCAGUCCCAGUACCUCUUGGUCACUAUGAUGAUAAAGUGGAACUGCUAACACUUAUCUCCAACAGCAAGAAACUUGGUGGUACGGCUAUUAUUCUGAAAGGUCUUCAUGCUGCUAGUGAACAAUUCAAGCAACAUUCUAGGGAUAAUGUACCAAAAAUUUUAAUUAUGAUCACGCCUGGCAUCCAUAGAGGCAAUGGAGCGUUUGCGGCGGAAGAUCUUCGACGAAAAUUGGAUGUCAAUAUCUUUGUGCUGGCAGUAAGUACAUCGCACAAAGCUCGAAUGUCGUUGAAUCGUUUGGUGGGGAGUGAAUAUGCUCAACAGCGUAUCAUAACAAUUUCUGGUGCGAACAAACUGCAUGAAUCAGCAUUAGUAGAAAUAACGCAUUCAGUAUGCAGUAGUGUUGACCUAACUUCAUCUACCAGAAGUCCGCUUUUGGAAACUCCGCAUCGAACUACGAAACGUGAAGUUGUGUUUAGUGAGCCAAAACACAAAUUGAGCGAAAUUUCUACUUUUCCAUUACGUCGCUUGAAAACAAUUGCUACCGGUUUCACUUCAACACCUCUUUGUAAUGAUGGUUUGCUACGCCCAUAUCAACUUUCAAUUAUUGUUGACAGCACAGCCAGAUCACCUGAACAAGAUUUUCGACUGGUUUUAAGUGAAGUUACAACUUUCUUGAAAUCUCGAUUUGCUUCACAAAGCCAUCUCAUGCAACUCAAUUUGGUGGGAGUGGACAGUGAUGGUAUCUAUUUAAAAAUAGCCAAGUUUGGUGUUGACAUGUUGGAUCAAAAUUUCGCCAAAAUAGCGCAAAAAAGGCAAGUUUCAACCAUAAUAAUAAGAGAAGAUGAAGUUUCUCCUAAAUUAGGAGAAGGUAUUGAGGAAGCUAUAUCUUUGGCCAACAACCACAUUAUCAAAGGAGUCAUUCAAAUCAUCCUUAUUAUCAGCUCUGAUGGUACAAGCAGCGAUGAUGCUAAACUGUCAGCAGAAUAUGCUCGAAUUCAUGGAUAUGGUAUUGUAGCAGUUUCUAUAAGAGCUCCGACAGAUGUUCUAUUAAAAGAACUUGCAUUAGGAAGUCCUACGAAGUUUGUUCUUUUUCGAAAGUACCAUAUUUACAGAGUCAUUCACUUCUCUAACUGGUCUGUCAACAAUGAACUUUUUCACAACUGGAUGGCUCAUGCUUUCUGUAGUUAUGUUGCAACACCUAUGGCAAGACGAGUUACGACGCGUAUGACUCGACCUCCAGUCCACAAAACUUCAAAAUUAUCUGUAACUGAACCAACUAACGUCAAAGUAACACCUCUUAGUCCGCAUUCAUUCUCCGUAUCAUGGACUUGUUGUACGAAUAACAAAGCGAAUUAUACUAUUUUGUAUUCUCCGGAUUCAUCUCUGAUGAAAGAAUACUGGCAGCGAGUGAAUGCAAAUUGUCGUGACAGUUUUGGAAGAAAAAUAGAUGAAUUGCCAACUGAUACUACUUAUACCAUUUGUGUUGAAACAUCUAGUCAAACUACUAAUAACUCUGUUCCGCUGAAUUUGAAUGAAUGUGAUGUUGUAGAACUUAAUCAUGAAAUUACUGCAUCACAAGAUCUCGAAGCACCAGAAAGACAGUUGAUCGAACCAUGUCAAUGUAUAUGCGCAGAUAGCGGUGAAGCCGUUAUUAAACCAACAUGCAGUCCUCACAUGGAUCCAUUCCGCCCUGUAGCUACGCUUCCACCAGCUUUAAAUGGAGAAUGUCCCUGUAGUAUGUCUUCGAAAAGUGGGCGGUGCCCUGCUGGAUACUUUUUUAAUCGUGGAAUUUGUUAUGAUGUGAAUGAAUGUCUGCAACAAAAUGGAGGUUGCUCGCAUGGUUGCGUAAACACUCCUGGUGACUAUUAUUGUGCAUGCCCGCAUGGUAUGAUGCGCGAUCCGAUGAAUCCAAAGGUAUGUAUUAAUGCUGCAAGCAGUUUUGAUCGAAUCGCAGCAUUGCUGGGCCAAUAUCUUCAUGCAAACCGAUUUAAUGCUAGUGGUACUCUUGUCGAUGGAAAUAAUGGGCAAAUCGAUGACAAAAUUGUCAAAUAUAAGGCAACAGUGAAAUCUGAAGAUGAUAAGACGAUUUCAUUUGAAUGGUCAUUGGUGCCGGCGGUUGUACGGAGAACAUUCCAAUGGCUAUUUUAG